AUGCAUAAGGUGCUCCUACCCAAAUACUCGGGGGUUCAUCGCUUCGCUUGUCUGGCUCUAUAUAGAGCCCUUUUGCGACAAUGCACCCAAUACUCUCAAUCAACGGCUAAUGCGCCUUGGAUGGGCGAGAUCAAGCAUCUUGCCAAACAGAGAUUCCACAGAUACAAAACGCUCCAAAGCCCAUCGCAAAUAACCUCUGCUUUGAAAGCCGGCUAUCAAUCCCUCGAUCUACUACAUUCCGCAUCCCAAGGGAACAAACAAGAUGAACAGCAAAUUGCCACAAUCCUCAUGCAAGCCAAGUCUAUGAAACAAGAGCAUGCUGCGUCGCAAAGGCAGAUCAGCAAAACGGUACCUCCAAAGCCCAUAUCUCCCCGAGAAGCUCGAAAACAAGAAGUCAAGCGCCAUGAAGAAGAGACUCGAUACCGACACCCGAAUGCCACGUCGGUAUUAUCACGCCCACGUUUAAAGGUCAGCGGUAAUCGACGAGUACCGACAUUGAUUAACGCGCGCGGAAUACCUUUCUUGCGUCUGGGGAAGCCGCAGCCUUCGAACCUCUCUGGCUUUAUCCGAGCAAAAUUAGAGAAGCGUUGGGAUCGUAUCGUCUUGAGAGAUCGUUUACAGCUGGACAUAUUGUUUGCUGAGGACGAAGACGCAUGGGAUAAGAUCACUCAGACAGAGACUGAAGACUCAUCGUCAUGGACGGACGCACUCAGAACUGUCCAUGAUGACAUUUAUGCCAAAAUCGGCAAUUCGGAUCGGCAAAAUCGAGAAAUGGCGAGAAAAAUGUGGAAUGUUGUGCUUCAGGAGCGUAAGCUAGCUGCGAAGGAAGAGAAAGAGAGGGAGGCCAAGAACUCGUCCAAAAAUGAAGAUCGCCUUUCUUCCCUGUCCCGCUAG